UGGAGCCGGGGGGGGGGGGGUAUUCUAGCAGCUGGAGCUCCUUCAUGGGUUCUCCUGUAUCCCCCUUUCCUUUGCCACUGCAAUGCCUCUCGAUUAGCCCACAGAGGGAGGUGGUUACACUCCCUUCUUCUCUACAGGUAGGGCAGAAUGCUGGGCAUGUACGUGCCGGACAGGUUCGCCCUGAAGUCAUCUAAAAUUCAAGACGGGAUGGGGCUCUUUACGGCCCGCAGAGUGAAAAAGGGUGAAAAGUUUGGACCAUUUGCAGGAGAAAAGCGAAUGCCACAGGAACUGGAUGAAAACACAGACUGCAGGCUAAUGUGGGAGGUUCGUGGAAAGAAAGGUGAAGUGCUUUAUGUUCUGGAUGCUAGCAAUCCAAGGCAUUCUAACUGGUUGCGUUUUGUACAUGAAGCACCAUCUCAAGAACAAAAGAAUCUGGCAGCUAUCCAGGAAGGAGAAAACAUUUUCUAUCUAGCUGUUGAGGAUAUUGAAACAGAUACCGAACUUUUGAUUGGUUAUCUUGAUAGUGAUAUGGAAGAAGUGGAGGAAGACGAUGAAGAGGAAACCAUUAUUAACCAGGAAGAAGAGGAUAGCAACAACAACAGUAACGGUACUCAUAAGGAUUUGCAGCAAACUAAUGAAAAAGAUUGUUCUACCUGUAAAGAGGACCAUGCUUGUCCAAACUGUGAAUCCAGUUUUGCAAGCCAGGAAAUAUUAGCUGAACACCUUCAGACACUGCAUCAAAAACCCAGUGAAGAAAAAGAAUUCAAAUGCAGGAAUUGUGGAAAGAAAUUCCCAGUAAAGCAAGCUUUACAGAGGCAUGUCCUUCAGUGCACAGAAAAUGUGAAUCCAGGAAAUUAUUCAAGAAGUUUUCAGUGUUCUGUUUGCAACAUAUCCUUCAGCUCAGAAUUGAGUUUUGAACAACACAAAGAAGCCUGCCGAGGUGAUGCUAGGUUCGUAUGCAAGGCUGAAAGCUGUGGGAAGAGGUUCAAGAGUAAGGAUGCCUUGAAAAAGCACAAGGAAAAUGUUCACACUGGUAACUCUAGGAAGAGGCUGAUGUGCUCAGUAUGUAAUAAGAGGUGCUCUUCAGCCGCAAAUCUUCAAGAGCAUCGAAAGGUUCAUGAAAUAGUGGAGUGUCAAGAAUGUGACAAGAAAUUUAUUUCAGCUAAUCAGCUAAAACGUCAUAUGAUAACUCACUCAGAAAAACGCCCUUACACCUGCGAGGUUUGCAAUAAGUCCUUCAAACGACUUGAUCAAGUGACUGCACACAAAAUAAUACACAGUGAAGAUAAACCCUAUAAAUGCAAGCUUUGUGGAAAGGGAUUUGCCCACAGAAAUGUUUACAAGAAUCACAAGAAGGUACAGCACAAUCAGCAGCAGUGCAAGCUUCCCCACAGCAAAGUCUCAUCCAAAUGUCUCAGCCCUGUUCUGGAGGAUACACCAGUUGAGACACAUUCUGAAGAAAGACCAUUUCAGUGUGAGGAAUGUAAAGCUCUAUUCCGAACACCAUUCUCUCUACAAAGACAUCUUCUGAUUCAUAAUAGUGAAAGAACAUUUAAGUGUGAUCACUGUGAUGCUACAUUCAAACGGAAGGAUACUUUGAAUGUUCACAUACAAGUUGUUCAUGAUGGCCAUAAGAAAUAUAAAUGUGAUCUUUGUGACAAAGCCUUCGUAACACCAUCUGUUUUAAAGAGCCAUAAAAAAACUCACACAGGUGAAAAAGAGAAGAUUUGUCCAUACUGUGGGCAGAAGUUUGCAAGUAAUGGAACUCUGAGAGUACAUAUUCGAAGUCACACAGGUGAACGCCCUUAUCAGUGUCCUUACUGUGACAAAGCUUUCAGCAAGAAUGAUGGAUUAAAAAUGCACAUCCGUACCCAUACAAGAGAAAAGCCUUACCAGUGUUCUGAGUGCAACAAGGCUUUCAGUCAGAAACGUGGCCUGGAUGAACACAUGAGGACACACACAGGAGAGAAGCCAUUCCAAUGUGAUGUUUGCGAUUUGUCAUUCAGCCUCAAGAAAAUGCUAAUCCGGCACAAGCUGACUCACAAUCCCAAUCGGCCCAUGGCUGAAUGCCAGCUAUGCCACAAAAAGUUUACAAGAAAUGACUACCUCAAAGUACACAUGGAAAAUGUCCAUGGGGAAACUGACAGCUAAUUUUGGCUUAAACAAGACAGUGUGUAGUGUUUUCAUUGCAUGCUUCUAACUCCAGAGUUCAGUCAGAUCAGUAAAUACACUAUAUAGACAGUAUAUUUAAAAAAGUGCUCAUGUAGACACUUCUUUUCUUGGAUUUUCUAUGCAAAGUAAAAGUACUAUAUGUUCAGUUGAAGUGGGAAUGAAAAUAAUUCAUGUCAUGGUGAAUCAAAACAUUUUUAAUUGGGAAGAUUAUUACUAAAAUAUGUUGUAAUUCUAUUAUAAUUAAUAUUUUUUUCUCUAUUUUGAUAUAGUAAAACUUUAAUUCAGUCAUAGGCACACGGCUUAGGGUAAGGUCAGUUACUUUCAAUAUUUAGCAUUUACCUACAUUUCUCAAUAGAAUAUAUAUUUUUAGCUAUACGUGCAGGGAAGGAAUGGUAUAGCUUUGAUUCUUAUUUUGAGAAAAGCAACGCUUAUUUCCCAUUAUCUCAUCCAUUCCACAUUCAUUCUGUAGAAUAAGCAACAGGAUUUUAUUGAAAGCACAGGAUUUUCAGCAUGAUAUGGUUUUGAAAGAAGACAACUUAAGGUUAGGACAGAUCUGGUCAAAUGCAUACCUGUUAGAAAAUUGGUUAGUACUGCUCUGUUUGGGCAUCUGCUUUCCUUGAAGGGGAAGGCUGUGAUGGACAAAAGUCAAAUCUAUGUUUACAGAUGCCCCAUUUGAAACCUCUGCAAGCCCUUCUCUUUUGGGCCACUUAGUAUCCAUACCAAAGAUUAAAAUCACACGAUGAUCAUGAUCAACAGACUGAGAUGCAAUAUCUCCAGAGUAUCUCUUGGCUGCUACAAAAUGUUCCUGUUUGUUUGCUCAUGCUUUAAUCUGCUUAAGGGAAUAGGGGCAUAGAUAUCAGUUCUUUGUCCUGAUUCUAGUAUAAAUUCACUGGAAAAUCCUAAGAUAGCUUUUCUCAAUUUGGCACUCUCAAAUUUGUUGGAUUAAAGUAGGGAAUGUUGUUAACUAUGAAUUCUGGGAAUUGUAGCAUAAUACAUUAGAAAAUUCAGAUUAAGAAUGAUUUGUCUAAACAUUUCCCCAUUACAACUAUUCCUGUUCAGCAAAGUUUUUUUAAAUGGCCUGGGUUGAUUGACUCUGCAGACAUUUCAGAAAUAUAAAACUGGAGCUGUGAGGCACUUAAAUUUGAUUUGAAUUUUUUUACUCUGGGCAUAUGGUGCAAAUGUACUAACUGUAUAAAAUUCUUAAGAGCAGACAAAUAUGUUUCAAGAAAAAGACAGAUAUACAAUCCUGGAAAAAAAUGCAGCUGGUUUAAAAAGUUGAAGACAACAUUUGUGCCACCAAACACUGUGGAGCAGUUUUUUGGUACUGAUGCUAAAGCACUGCAUAGUUCUGAUAGAGGAUAUAUUGUAUUCUGUGUUUGCAUCUGAUAGGUUGGUUUCACAAUGCAAGAAAUUCUUAAUAAAAUUGUGACUAGGAUCAAUUGACUUUUAUUCAACUAGUCAGCAUGAUUUUUCAAGCAACACUUGCUAUUAUAUGUUAAUGAACUCUGAAUUUAUAUCAAAAUUAGAAUAUAUUUCAAACAGCGCUCUCUUAUCAUAGCAUUCCAAGGGAGAUUUACAAUCUUCACUGUUCGAAUAUGACUGGAAUUACAAUAUUGAUUGUUACUGGACACUGCAAAGCAAAAGCAGUCCUAAGAAAGAUCUGUGUUAACAUACAGCAUUAGUGCUAAUAAAAUAUUUGUAAAUGUUAAAUGAAAACUUAAUCUCAGAAUAUUAUCCAACAUUUGAUUAAACCAAGGAAUAUAUAAUUAUAUUGCUAGGAUUUUUUUUAGCCUAAAUGAAUUUGUGCAAUUUUGAAUAAGACUUGUGAAAUAAAUUUCUCAUACCUGUAAAAAAAAAAACCCUACUAUUAUGAAGACUAAAAGUGAGUUAAAAAUAAUCUGUUAACAUUAUUACCUCUUAACAUUAGUUCCUCUUAAUUAGCAGAGUAAUUCCUUGAAUUCUCAUGUGUGGAUAAGAGUGUAGAGUUUGCAUGAAAAGACGAUUCAUGAUUGAAAAUAAAAGAUACCAACCUAUAUUCUCUAAAGAAAACAAAUCUGUUUUUAUACAACAUAACCCAUGUGCUUUCUUUCAUACCUAUAUUUAAUGUCUUAACAGUACUAGUGCUUGGCUAUAGCAAAUCUUCUGUAUCCAUACAGAUACAGAAAAAAAUCUGUAUUAACAUCCACAUUUAAUUUGAUGCAGGAUAAAUAUUUCUACUAUGCUUGUUCUGAAACACUUAGCUCUCCCUGACUCUAAAUAAUUAUUUCAGAACUAGCUCUACGGUUGCUGUGGCUCAGUCUGGUUAAAUGGAAAAGAAAGAAAAGAGAAAGCGCACAUUUGUAAUAUGUUUAAUUUCACAAUGCUUGUGGGUAUACAAUAUUUUUUGUUGUUCCAUUGU